AUGAGCGUGUAUAUGAGCCGCCUCUUCCCCAAAUCAAACUCAAGUUUCCUCCUCCAAAGCGAGGUCGCCCUCAAAGCCAAAGCCGUCCGCCUCAGAGAUGAUACUUACCUCAUCGACGCCGGCGUCGGCCGCCCCAGGACCGCCUUGGCCAACGAAUUGGCAGAUCCGCCCAAAUCUGCCGGCGCGGCCACUUUCUCCACCAAGGUCGGCUUCCUCCACGCCGCCAGAGGUGAAUCGACCGUCAAAAACUCACUCCUGCAGCGAUGCUUCGUGGAUCUGGUGACCGGAGAUUCCCGGACGAAGCAGAACGCCGCCGCGAGGUUCGACGACAUGGUAGGGCAGACGGACUCCGCCUGCGCCGGCGAGCAGCCGCUCCUCCUGCCGAGGAUAUUCAGGAAGCAGCGAGCGUGGCUGGAGUUGCAGAAUCGGUGGAAGUUCAAUCGGAAGGUGAAGGGUUUCAUAGCUGGAAAAGUGAGGGGAGGCUACUCGGUCGGCAUCGCCGGUUACCUUGCGUUUCUCCCGGCGAGAAAUGUUUAUAAUAGAAGGAUUGACGGCGAUCGGUUUGUGAUUGAGAGCUUAUCCCCCAGGAAUUUUGUGGUUACGAAAGUAGGGUGA